ACAAACUCAAUCAUGUGACACCCAACCAGCAGUGACAGGGGAAGAGGUUUGCUUUGUGUGUCUGUUGGCUCACUUCGUGACAAGAUAUGCGGAACUUGUGCGUCUUCAGCAGCAUGUCACUGUUGCAGCUUCCUAUUUACUGAAACAAGUUAACAUCGAGACAAUACAGCGCUGCAGGGAGUGACAGUGAAUGUUUGAGCUGUGAGGUGAGCAGCCAGCAGCUACAAGACAAGUUAGAAUGAACGCAACUAAGUGCAAGAGCUGACACCAAAUUGGCGUAUACAGACUACAAACUAUGAAGUUAUCACAACACUCUUGUUGGUCAGUGUUUAUAUGACGUAGCAGUGACUGCUUUUUAUACGCCCGUUUUAUAUGGUUUUACUUUUUACGUUAUUUACGCGUUUAAAAUGAAGUUUAACGGUUUUCUGAAGCUCCGGAUCGGUGAGGCGGUGAACCUGAAGCCGACGACCUUCUCCCUCCGCCACAGUGUUAUUUUCAACAAAAGCGCUCCAGCUCUGGACCCUUACAUCGUGGUGAAGGUGGACGAGUACAAAAUUGGACAAACGCACACGAAACAGAAAACCAACAAUCCGACUUACAACGAGGAGUUCUGCCUCAACGUGAACAACGGGAAACAAAUCGAGCUGGCAGUUUUCCACGACACCCCGAUCGGGUACGAUGACUUUGUGGCCAACUGCACCAUCCAGUUUGAGGACCUUAUCAAAACCUCCAACACCGGAGAGGCGUUCGAGGGAUGGAUGGACUUGGAGCCAGAGGGCAAGGUCUACAUCCUUAUUAUGCUCACUGGAUCCUUCACUGAUGAUGAUGCCAUGGUGAAAGAGAAAACCUUCAAACAGUUCACAAGGAAGCGGCAGGGAGCCGUGAGACGGAGGAUCCACCAGGUUAACGGACACAAGUUCAUGUCCACUUUCCUGCGGCAGCCCACCUUCUGCUUUCACUGCAAAGAGUUCAUCUGGGGUGUCUUUGGAAAGCAGGGUUACCAGUGCCAAGUGUGUACCUGUGUUGUUCACAAACGGUGCCACCAGCAGGUCGUCACAGUGUGUCCACGCAUGAAGAAGCAAGAGCAAGAAGAGCCCAUAAACCAGGGCUUCAGCAUCAACGUCCCUCAUAAGUUCAACCUUCACAACUACAAGUCACCCACCUUUUGCGACCACUGUGGGUCAUUGCUGUGGGGGAUAGUCAGGCAGGGACUCCACUGUAAAAUUUGUAAAAUGAAUGUUCACAUCCGCUGCAAAGGCAACGUAGCACCAAACUGUGGGGUCAACACUGUCCAACUGGCCAAUAAACUUGCAGAGAUGGGUCUGCAGGCCGGAGGACUCUCUAAACGCAACUCAAUGGCCAGAAAUCCUAGUCAGAUGAGAGCACCCUCUCAAAGGAGGGAGAGUAAUGAAACUCAGCAGCAGACCCCUCAGCUGGGCCUUUCAGAUUUCACGUUCCUUCAAGUGCUUGGCAAGGGCAGCUUUGGCAAGGUGAUGCUGGCGAGGCUAAACACGAAAGAAUGUGUGUUUGCUGUCAAGGUGUUGAAAAAGGACAUAAUUUUGCAAGAUGACGAUGUGGAGUGUACCAUGACAGAGAAGAGGGUGUUGUCACUGGCCCGCUGUCAUCCCUACCUCACACAACUGUACUGCUGUUUCCAGACACUGGACCGUCUCUUCUUUGUGAUGGAGUUUGUGAAUGGUGGUGACCUUAUGUUCCACAUCCAGAAAUCCAGGAAGUUUGAAGAGCCUAGAGCACGUUUCUACACAGCAGAGAUCACCUCUGCUCUCAUGUUCCUGCACAGCAAAGGCAUCAUCUACAGGGACCUAAAGUUGGACAAUGUUCUUCUGGACAAAGAUGGACACUGUAAGCUGGCAGACUUUGGCAUGUGUAAAGAGGGCAUAUUUGAAGGCGUGGCCACAGGAACUUUCUGUGGGACCCCAGAUUACAUCGCCCCCGAGAUCCUCCAGGAGAUGCUCUAUGGGCCCUCUGUUGAUUGGUGGGCUCUUGGGGUGCUGCUGUAUGAGAUGCUGUCAGGACACGCCCCCUUUGAGGCUGAAAAUGAAGAUGACCUGUUUGAAUCCAUCCUCAAUGAAGAGAUUGUUUAUGCCUCUUGGCUCAGUACAGAGGCAGUGAAUAUACUGAAAGCUCUCUUAAUCAAAAACCCAGCCCGACGUCUGGGCUGCGUGGCCUCAGAAGGUGGUGAGAACGCUGUGACCAGCCACACAUUCUUUGCUGGCAUCGAUUGGGAGAAGCUCAAUCGUAGAGAAAUCGAGCCACCCUUCAAGCCCAGAAUUAAAACACCAGAGGAUGUCAACAACUUUGACCCAGAUUUCACCCAGGAAGAGCCCACCCUCACACCCAUUGAUGACCCUCUGAUCCCUUCCAUCAACCAGGAGGAGUUUCGUAACUUCUCCUUCACCUGCCCUGAAAUGCUGGAGAGUUAAAAGUCUCCUCGCUCGUCUCGCUCUUCUCAGUGUCUUCUGGCUUUAUCAAAAACAGUUCCCAGUUGUAUAUACAGUAUAAUGUUGUCACAUUCCCCAAAGACAUGAGGAUGCAAAGCACAGAGGAGUUACAACACAGGCUUGAUAAGAACUGGGGCUGCACGAGAUGAACUCUUAAGCGCUGCUGUAAUUCAUGACAAAGUGGCUUUUGAAAUAAUGGUUUGAUUGGGACAUUGCUGCAAAUGUUUGUGUAGAAAUAUAUUUGACAUGUUGAUGUACUGUAAAUUUAUUUGACAAAGGUGUACAAUUUCAGAAGUUUAUCGUUCAUUUUCUUUUAUGCAGAUGGAUGAGU